AUGCCCUCUCAGGUCGUUCUGGACGCAUCGCCAGAGCAUGUGGCCUACGCACUCCUUGGGUGCUUCAUCAUCUUUUUCGGACUCGUCAGCUUGUUUGUUAAAGAAAAGCUGUUCAUUUCCGAAGCAUUUGUAUCAACAGCAUUUGGUAUUCUUAUAGGACCCUAUGCAAUCGGAAUUUUCGACCCCAUGUCCUGGAAGAACUAUGAUACGGUGACGCUCGAGUUUACGAGGAUAGUCAUUGCGGUUCAGGUCAUGGCUGCAGGAGUAUCAUUACCGAGGUCGUACAUGCUGAAGGAAGGUCGUUCAUUGUUCAUGAUGAUCGUCCCGCUCAUGAUCUUGAUGUGGAUUACGGCUGCGUUCCUGAUCUGGGCUUUGAUUCCCGACCUUGGCUUUAUCGAGUCUAUGGUGUUGGCAGCAUGUGUCACCCCAACGGACCCUGUCCUGUCCAACUCGGUGGUCAAGGGCCGGUUUGCAGAAAAGCAUGUUCCUCCAAGGAUCCGGCACCUUCUCUCUGCAGAAUCCGGCAUCAACGACGGCAUGGGUCUUCCAUUCCUGUAUCUGGGACUCUACCUUUUGAGGGAACCCACCGUCGGGGCCGCGAUUGGCAAGUGGUUUUAUAUGAUCUGGGCAUAUCAGAUCCUGCUAAGCAUCGUCCUUGGAGGACUGAUCGGGGCCGCAGCCCGGAAACUGGUCAAGGGUGCGAAGAACAGGAAUCUGAUCGACAAGGAGUCCUUCUUGGUGUUCUCGAUCGCUUUGGCACUGGCGGUGAGUGGAUGUGUGAGCAUCCUGGCGUCGGACGACUUGUUGGCGGUGUUUAUUGCAGGAAAUGUCUUUGCCUGGGACGACUGGUUCUCGAACGAGAUUGCGGAAGCCCAUAUCCAAGAGAUUAUCGAUAUGCUACUUAACCUGGCCUGCUUUGUCUAUAUUGGCGCGUCCAUCCCGUUCUCAAAGUUCCAUGAUCUGAUGCUGGAGCUCUCGAUCUGGCGUCUGAUCGUGCUCGCGAUCGUCGUGCUCCUGUUCAGAAGGAUGCCGUUUGUGGUGGCUAUGAAACGAUUCAUCCCAGCCCUGGCGACGUAUCGCGAGGCAGCGUUCGCAGGCUGGUUCGGGCCUAUUGGUGUCGGGGCUGUAUACCUGUCCAAAGUCGCGGCGGAGAUGACGAACCCAGGGAACAUGGGCGAUAACGCACAUAAUAUCGUGCGACUCCAGCGCGUCCACUCUGUGAUCUAUCCCGUGGUGAUGUUCAUGGUCUUUUCGAGCGUGUUGAUCCAUGGCGUUACGGUACCAUUGCUGCAUUUGCAGUACAAGUAUACGAGGACUUGGUCGAGGAAACGGGAGGAGAGCAGCCAUGCGGUGACACGUCUGCCGCAUAUCAAUAUUGGCGAUGAGAUCGUUCUGCGACCGCCCACAGGCGGUGGGUCGGGUCUAGGAGGGCUGAUAGAGGGAAUGGGCAGCAACGGUGACCUUGAGCAGAAUUUGCCUGGACAUGACGUUCAACGGUCGUUCAGCCAGCGAUCGUUUGGGUAUAGUAACAACUCGAUUGGAUAUGGAGGCUUUGGACUCGGGGGAUUACAGGACAUGAGUAGGACCAGCACUAAUAUGACGAGGACACUGGAUGAUAUUGCCCAGGAGAUGAAGGAGGCAGCCAGGGCCAAGAAAAUGCGAAGUCCGAGCCUCGGGAUCCUCAGCAGCCACCCUUUGACGAUAGUGAGUACCAAUAGUCCCCGUUCAGAGUCGUAUGAGUUCAUAGAGGAGAGCAGUGCGAAGCAUCGGCACCAACAAGUACAGCUGGAUGAUGGUGUCAGCGUCCGUCCUGGCAUCAACUCUCGAUCCAACAGCGGAUGGUCGAAUACCGGUAGCUUGAGUGCACGGGAAGCAGGGAUGAUCGAGAGCCAUCCAGCCAGUCAAGGGCUAAAUAUCCGUCCGGAGGAUAUCCAUAGCCAGUCGGACUCGAGCUCGUCCGGUCAUUCUUCCGUGACGCUCUCAUCGGCGAUCCAGCAACGAUCUCCAACGCUGCCACAAGAACAGCAACACGGUCUUUACUCUCGCUUGCCCUCGCCCUCAGAGUACCAAGAGGUUGAACGGGAGGAGGAUAAUGGGGUUGUGAGGGUCGUGACACAUGAGGUGCACGAACGCGAUCGGCCAAAGAUCGAGAAAGCGUUGGAGGAGAAGCGCCGACAAGAGCAGGAACGAAAGCAGGGGCAGGGGCAGGGACAGGGGCAAUUUGAGCAGGAGCAAGCGCCUGAGGUUGAGGGAUAUGCGCAUCGCCCAGUGAGGUCGUCAUCCUCGUCACCCAAUCCGUUUAUGUACCCAUGA